ACAUCGGGCACAAAAUCCCAUAAGAUGUCAUGUCUAUUCAUGUAUUUCGUCUGCAUUGCUAUAAACUGUCUUCUGAUAAACGCUGAUACGAAUUUGAAAUGCCUAAAGUGCGUAGAAGUAAAAAACCCCCACCGGAUGGUUGGGAAUUAAUCGAACCAACAUUAGAGGAAUUGGAACAGAAAAUGCGAGAAGCCGAAACGGAACCUCAUGAAGGCAAACGAAAACAAGAAUCUUUAUGGCCCAUAUUUAAAAUUCACCAUCAAAAAUCACGAUACAUAUAUGAUUUGUAUUAUAGACGGAAAGCGAUAAGUCGAGAAUUGUAUGAUUAUUGCCUGAACGAAAAUAUAGCGGAUAGGAACUUGAUUGCCAAAUGGAAGAAAGUCGGAUAUGAAAACUUGUGUUGCUUACGUUGUAUACAACAUAGGGAUACUAACUUUGGUACAAAUUGUAUUUGCCGAGUACCUAAAGGCAAACUCGAAGAAGGCAGAAUAGUGGAAUGCAUCCAUUGCGGAUGUAGAGGAUGUUCUGGAUAGCAUUUAGCGAUAAUCAUAAGAUAUGUAUUUUUAAUGAUAUUGCACUGUAUAUUAUUAGAAACUAUAUUGCAUAAUGUCGAUGAAAAUAUUAUGAAAAUAUCUAGAACUUAAUUUGGAUUGGUAAUUUGUGAGUUGAUGAUACCAACUAAAGGCUAAUGCAAGAUAUUCUAUGUGUGUAUAAUUGAGAAAUUUUUAGUCAAAUAAAUAAAUCUUUGUUCAAUUUGAAAGUAAAAUAGAACUGAAUUAAAAACUAAUGAAAGAUGUAUACCUUAUUGAUAACAUGUACAUAUGUAUAAGUUUUUCACAAUACUAAAUAUAAUGUUUUUAUUUUAUUUGUACUAUCAAUAAUUUUGAUAUCAAAAUAAUUUUGAUAUCAAAUUAGCAAUAUUUUUAAUCGUGAUGUUUUUUGUAGAGUUCCGUGAAAAUUGUCUGACAUUCUUUAUGAGUAAAUGUUUGUGUAUAUUGGUUGUUUAAUACAAUAAAUCUUUUACCCUUUCGCCAAA